CCGAUUUCGUCCCACGUCAACCAGCUCCUGUCUCUCCUCCAAUUCAGCAUGUCAUCGAGAUCUUGACCUCUACCCCACCCCCAAUAGCCACCACUGCCCUUCAAGAAUGCCAUGUUUGCUGUGAAUCCCGUCUAACAUUCCCAUUGAGACUUCACCACGAGAAGCACCCCAGCCAGCAACACUUGCCGUACAGCAACAGCCCGAUCGCGAGUUUCGGGGCUCCCACUCAUAAGAACCCACCGGCCAGCGAAGCUCGAUUCCUCUCGACCACCAUCCCUUGACAUACAGUCCCUUUCCAGUCCACUGUGUUGUUUUUGUCCACGCCUACCGAAGCUCCGAGAGCGCACCACCACGACCCCGUCCCAUAGCUUCAGCUUACACAGCCGAGCCGCGUUCUCCAGGCCCGCUCUGAUUCGAGAGCCCAAGGCACGGGACGAAAGAACCUAGACAACUUCGAGUCCAAAUAAACAAACACGCCUGUUACACCGCGAACCAGCACCAUACCUCAGCAGUACACGAGCGAGGCUGAAUGACGCAACUACUGUCGACCGUUUUUGGAGAGCUGGGCCUUGCCCAGUACUUGGAUGCGUUCCUCGAGCAAGGGUUUGACACAUGGGAAACCAUUUUGGAUAUUACCGAGUCCGAUCUACGGAUUGCGAAUACAAGGGGCAUUGCGCCGGAUGCUUCUCUCGUCUCGCCCACCCAGCCAAGCAUUGAAGAACUGAGACUUCAAGACGCGCAGAGGCCGGAUGCCUCCAGGCAAGAUGCCCGGGACGCAGGUGUCCUUGUGGUCACCAAACGGAAAUACCGUCGUCAUCCCAAACCUGACGAAAAUGCGCCAGAGCGGCCGCCCUCGGCUUACGUGCUCUUCUCAAACAAGAUGCGCGAGGAGCUGAAGGGUCGAAAUUUAUCAUUUACCGAGAUCGCCAAACUUGUUGGCGAGAACUGGCAAAGCCUCAAUGCUUCUGAAAAGGAGCCCUAUGAGUCCCAAGCGCAGGCGAUCAAGGAGAAGUACCUAAGCGAUCUUGCCGAGUACAAAAAAACUCCCGAGUACAAGAAGUACAUGCUGUACCUGCAAGAAUUCAAAGCCAAGCAUGGCUCUCCCCCUCAAGGUAUGUUGCGCAAGUAUCUGCACUUGGGCUAG